CUUGAGCCCUGAAUUUAUACCUCCCAGAGGGAGAACAGAUCCUCUUAAAUUCUAUAUAGAAAGAAAGGAUAUGAUACAGAGACGGAAAGUCUUCAACAUCCCAGAGUUCUAUGUUGGCAGCAUACUUGCUGUUACUACUGCAGAUCCAUAUGCCAAUGACAAAACCAACCGGUUUGUAGGCAUCUGCAUUCAGAGAGGAGGAAAAGGACUUGGUGCUACCUUUGUCCUUCGGAAUGUUAUAGAAGACCAAGGUGUUGAAGUAUGUUAUGAACUGUACAAUCCUCGAAUCCAGGCGAUUGAGGUUCUGAAGUUAGAAAAGAGGCUGGAUGACAACCUGAUGUACCUGCGAGAUGCCCUCCCUGAAUAUAGUACUUUUGAUGUGAAUAUGAAACCUGUGUUUCAUUUGGAACAUGAAGAAAUUCCUGUAAACAAGCUGCAGGUACGAAUGAAACCUAAACCAUGGUCAAAACGGUGGGAAAGGCCAAAAUACAAUAUAAAAGGAAUAAAGUUUGAGCUACCUGCAAAAAAAAUGAAAGAAGCACAGAAGUGGAACCAGCCAUGGCUAGAGUUCGAUAUGCUGCGAGAAUAUGAUACUUCAAAAAUAGAGGAGAAAAUCUGGAAAGAAGUGAGUGAAGAGCUUAAAAAAUAAUAAUGGUUUGUGCAGUCUAGGAAUUACUGAGAAAAAAUUAUGUUUACUUUGAAUUUACUGUAUGGAUUAUCACUUGUCAAGUUUUGUACAUAUAUAGGCAAAAUAAAGUUAACCUUUCCAGGAAAUUUCAAA